AUGACUUUGACGUCUUCCACAUCAGUGGCCACAACCCAGGCACAAGCUAAGGAACCAACCACCAGCACAAUUUCAGUGCCUUCUGCCAGUCCGACCCCUGAGGUGGAAGCCACAUCCCCCCAAACACUUGUCAUCUACCCAUGGAACUGGAAGGCCAACCACCCCCAAAACAUCAGAGCAGGUGAAGACCAAAGACACAUCUGGAACUGGCUCUGCUUGAGGCUUUUACUGCAGAUGGGAUGCAGUUGGGCCAAGGGCAAAAAGACCAUUGACCCCAAGCAAGGAGCCAAAGCAUGUUUUAUGAGGAAGUUUAGAAUCGGCUAUCUGCAGGUUCAGCUAUGGGGGGCAGCUGCUAGCUGGUUGAGCUGUAGACCUGACUUCCAAUAUCUACUAGUCACUAUUGAGAGCAUGUUCCCAUCCUCAGUGAUCAAAACAUUCCUUGUUUUGGUGCUUAUACUUAGGGUGACUUUUGUCAUCAUCUUGGUUUGAUUUGCCCUGCAAGCCUACAGGAGCUACAAGAAGGAAGAUUACACACAGGUGGUCUAUCUAAUCAAUGGAAGGUAUAGAGACUUGGAGACAUGA